GAGUUCGCCUACGUAUGCUGGUAUUGCCUUGAACGCACUCCGUGGGGGUUUGCAGCAAAGCGCCAACCCCGGGUAUGCUUCCUCAACGCUGAAGACCAUGAAGCCUUUGGGUUCAUCCACCUGAAGGACAUUGUGCGCCCUGCACACAUUGUUCCUCCAUUUGCAAAUGACAAAACUGACGAAUACCUUGUGGGCAAAACUAUCGCCCAA